UAUGAGAUCACCAUGGAAACAGGCUGCUGGAGACAUGCUGGAACCACGUCAAAGGUUACCAGACAGUAUUGGCAAGAUUUGGAAAGUACAGAUUUGGCAUAACAACUUUGGUCCUUCACCCAGCUGGUACCUCUCCAGGGUGAUUGUCCGUGACUUGAAUACCGGCAACCUGUACUUGUUCCUGUGUGAGAAAUGGCUGGCGGUAGAGGAACAGGACGGCAAGGUGGAGAGGGAAUUCAUGGCACUCGAUGGUACUCUAGACUUCAAUAAGGCGUACAUGACAAAAGUGGUGGAGUAUAUGGCAGACUUCCACAUCUGGUUGUCAUUGGUUACGUGCCCGCCCUACAGUGGUUUCAUGCGGUGUGAACGGCUCACAGUGUGCCUCACCAUGCUGCUCGCCUACAUGUGCCUGAAUGCCAUGUGGUACCGGUCCACUGUCACUGAGGUGGGCGAUUUACGUCACCAUGGAGAGUUUGGGCUGCUGGACGUAUCCUGGCAGAGUGUGACAGUGGGCGCCAUCUGCUGCGCGGUGGUAAUCCCCCUCGGUCGCAUGCUCGAGUUUCUCUUCAGGCGCAGCAAGCCCAAGCAUGCCUCCAACGUUCCCGCCAAAGACGCUGUGACCGACUGGGAACCAGACUACCCAAGUGGGAAACCGAAUGAGGCUGAGAGCGAGGCUUCCUCAGAGCAGGUGCUUCCAGUUAUGACGUACUCGCUGUUCGACCAGUCCAUCCUCAACUGGCCCAACAUACAGACCUGGGCACAGAAACAGUGGAUGAAGCGCCAGCAGACGGGCAGGUCAGUGCAGGAAGGAGGGGUGAGCGGGGGCAGUGAGGGGUCGGGUCACAGUCACCCUGGUAACCACAUCCUGGGCCCCUGCAGUCACCAUGGUAACCACAUCCUUGGCCCUGGCAGUCACCAUGGUAACCACAUUAUGGGCCCUGGCAACAGUCACCAUGGCAACAACAUCCUGGGCCCUGGCAUACCAGUGCACCCAGUGGAUCUGGCUACAUUGAACUGUCAAGAUUCGGAGCUGGACCAAGCCUCUAGUGGAUUUGAGGACUGCCACUUCCUGUUGCAGCAGAAGACGUCUGCUGACAGUACGCACACCACUGCAGCGCCCUCUAUUAACGAGAGCUUGCGCGUACACAAGCCCCAGUCACUGCCCGACAGUCUUGGGCUACUCUUUACUAAGCAGCUCUCCGAGGGAGGGAGUGCCAAGACUAUCAAGGCACCGUCCAUAUCUAGCAACGGGAGUAACAAGUCCGUGCUACAAGAUCGUAGGAAGGGUAGACUAUUCAGUGAGCUGUACCUACCGUUCUGGUGUCGCUACAUCGCCUGGUCGCUGUGUGCAGGGGUGUGUGUUGGGGGUGCCACUGUUACAGUCAUGUAUGGAUACACAUUUGGUACAGCAAAGAGUACACUAUGGUUACAGUCACUAUACUUCAGUAUGAUGAUCUGUGUCUUCAUUGCUAACCCUGUGCUGAUCAUGAUCACGGUGGUGCAUGCAGCCCUGGUGUACAAGCAUGACCCGAUGUCUGCGGAUUGUCAUGGUUACGAGAUCUUCAACCACGAGAAGGCGCAGGAAGAUCUGAAGCGCUGGAAACAGCAGCUUGAGGACUGGGAUGAAGGGGAUGCACUGGAGAGGGGCGUCGCUGCAAGGCAGAGGUCACGGUACUUGAGGUUUGCGAGGCCCCCACAGGAGAAACAACUGAUUGAGGCACGCAAGAGGGUCAUGAAGGAAAAGAGGGCCAUUAUCAUGUUCAGGGAGGUUGUAGUGUUUCUGGUGUCCAUGGUCUUGUUACUGGUAAUCGCGUAUGGAAAGAACAAUGUUCCAAGUUACCACCUUAACCGUGCUGUGAAGUCAAUGUUCAUCAAGGAAAGUAUGCCAACCUCCACCAAGGGCAGUAAUCCACACCUUGCCAAGGGAAGUUAUCUAAACAUUACCUCCCCUGAGCAGUGGUACCAUUGGGCAAGGAUUGACCUGCUGUCAGCUAUUGAUGCUGUGCCGAAACUACCAACCAUCUUUUCUAAGUCCCAUAACUCUAGCUCCUACCUUAGUCUGUUCAUGAUUGGGGAGAUGACACUUCGCCAACAGAGGGUCCAGGAAACCAUCUGUCCCGAGGCUCUACCUUAUGCUCAUGCAAGUUGCCUCAGUAACCAUGGUGAAGUUAAAGGUCCUUUCCUUGGCAACAUACCUAACCUGACGUACAGUGAAGGUGCAUCUGGGAAUUUAAUGAUUGGCAACUAUGGAAUAUAUGACGGCAGUGGCUUUGUUUUGCCGCUGAGCUGUAAUAGGCUAGCAGCAGAAGACCAGAUUAACACUCUAGCCCAGGCAGGCUGGCUGGACAGACACACGAGGGUGGUAUUUGUAGAGCUUACCCUUUACAACCCACCAACCAACUUGUUCACCGCGGUACGAGUGACGUCUGAGUUCUCAAACAUGGGUAGGAUUACCUCCCAUGUUGAGGUGACGUCAACGCAGCUCUUCAGAUAUGUCACACCGUGGGAUAAUAUUCUCUUGGCGUGUGAGUUGCUCUUUUUUGUGCUGAUGAUGCUGUUUGUGAAGAAUCUGAUCAACAAGUUGAUGCAAGAUGGCAGGGGAUACUUCUUCAACCUCUGGAAUGCGCUCAAUUUCCUCAUCUGCCUGGUAUCUAUGUUCUACUGCGGCAGUUUCAUAUACCGCUUUGUGAUCGUGGCGGACCUAAUUGAGAGGCUACGGAGCACUUACUACGAGAAACAUGUCAAUGUCUGCUUUGUUACCUUCUGGGACGAGAUGCUACGCUCCCUGGUGGGUAUGCUGGUGUUCCUAUGCACUGUAAGGUGUGUCCGUCUGCUACGGUUCAAUGCACAGUUUGCCAGGCUGGGAGAUGUCUACCGGAAGGCGCGACGAGAGCUUGUCAUCUUCUUUGGAAUAUUCUGUGUGCUGCUGGCGGCCUACUCCAGCCUGGGCCAUCAGCUAUUUGGCUGUAUGAGCUUGACCUUCCGUGACCUUUGGUCCAGUUUGCUAGGGGUCACAGCUCUCCUGUCCGGGAGGAAAAUUCAGUGGCAGAGGCAGAAUGGGGUACUUCCUGUUGGGACAGACAUGUUCUUGCUGAUGAUCAGCACAUUUGGAACAGGAAUUAUGGUUGCAUAUAUGGUGGCAGUUCUGUCGCACUUCCUGCGAUCUCGCAAGAAACGUCGUCUGUUUGCCUUGGACAUGCGAGAAACACUGAUGUUCUAUUGGGAACAGUUCCAGCUGUGGACUGGUUUGAAGAAACCAUUAAUUGAAGAAGAACCAGUCAUCAUUUUACCACCGGAGUUUACAAUGGCUGAGAUAGAGUACCAGGUAGACGAGCUGUUGUUCCGGAUGAACGCACUCACGGGAUCACAUGGCCUACCGGAGAAGCCCCCCUGCUACCUCACCGACUCAGACUGCACCUACGGGGCUGGGGAUGAUGGGAUAUCUAGCGGGGGGUCUGAGGGUGGCCAGGUGUUCACAGAUGACCGUCUGGAGCAGCGUGUACAGAAGAUCGAGGACAACCUGUGCUCACAGGAGCCCUUCCUGGCUCAGCUCCUCAAGCUGGACUGCCUCUUCUCAGACGACCUCUCACAGCAGAAAGAGAAACAGCUCAGAAGCCACCUGGAGAUGGAGAUAUUCCGUCAGCUGCAGAUGCAGAGGCAGGACUCAGGCAAGGGAGACCAUUCUCGCACCACUGACAAGGGAGGUAACCCCCAGCCCCCAGCUGACACCGAACAAGGCUCCCCAGGCAAGAUGAAGGCACCACACAGUCCAGGGCAGAACUCGACUUCCUCUGAAGAGAUGGUGAAGCUAUCAGCAAGUGCAAACAAGACUGUGAAACCAAGGAGGACUCGAAACAAUUUCACUGUGAAAACGAUUCAAGACCUGCUUGCAAAAUCCGGACAGGAGGUCCCAGAAUUUCUCCACGAGAACUCCAGCUCUAAUCCAGACUCGCCAAAAGACAAGAAAGUAUUCUCUAAAUCUCUGAAACCUAUCCCCGCUCCAAAGCCCUUGCCACACAAAAGACAGAAUUCCACUUCCAGUUCGGAAAAGGUAUCUGAUGCCUCCAAUGGCAACGAGCCUGAAGUGUUCAAGAAGCCAACAAAACCAACGUUUCUCCAUUCAAGAGAAUCAUCUUUAUCUGAAGGCCCCAGAGGAAGUCCAAUAUUAAAGUUACGCACAUGCUCGGGAACAGAAAAGAUGCCAAAAUCAGAUGGCCAUCUAACGAUCCCACCGGACACAAGCUCUGGUUCAGAACAAGAUGGGAUGCAAGUGGGUAAAAAACUUCUGGGAAAACGAAAUCUCCGGAAAACAAAGUCUCGUGGUAAAGGCAAAGGACCAGACAAUUUGGAACCAGAGUUGGUGCUUGAUGAAUUAGACUUUGAGGAUCACCAGGACUUGCUGGACUUGGAAGGUCAGCAGCAAGGAAAGGGACUUGGUGUUGUGGUGCUUGAAACAGUUGAAGGAGGGAAUGGAGCUGAUUUAAAACCAGCACAAAUGCCAUUUAACAAGGAACACGUUGUAACAGCUGAUGUUCACCAGGUGUAUAUGUAAAUCCCUUGCUCUAGUAUAGAUUCUUUGUGCUAACAUUAAACUGUAGAUCUUGAAAAACUGUGUUUUGAAUCGAGUAGUUCAAUACAAAUUUUAAAGAAAGAGUGAACCGUUUACUAAUGUCAAUACAUCUUACAUUUGAACUUUAUUUUCAUUGUUGGAUAUUUAAGAUCAAUUGUAAGAUUUAAGAUUAUGUUGAUAUGUUUGAAUUUAAAUGUACAUUGAUCUUUUGCUUACUUUAAAGUGCAAUAUCUAUAUAAAAGAUCCAUUGUUAGUUGUUGAGAUUAUUAUCCCUCACCUGUUUUGGCGUUGUCCGUCCGUCCUUCCGUCCGUCCGGCACUUUUGUGUCUGGAGCCAUAUCUUGGAAGUGCUUUGGCAGAUUUCAUUGAAACUUGGUAUGAGUAUAUAUAUAUGGAUAAGAGGAUGAUGCACGCCAAAUGGCAUUGUACACCAUCUGUUAAUAACGGAGUUAUGGCCCUUUGUAUCUUAAAAAAAUGCUUUUUUAGUGUCAAAUAUAACACUUUUGUGUCCAGAAGCAUAUUGGCGGGGGAUAUCAAUUCAAUGAAUUUGCUUGUUUAAUAUUAAAGCAUAAUUACUGUUUGUAAAUUCACACUUGUGUUGGUUAUAACUUAAAUGCUUUGUAUAAUCACAUGUAUACAUUUUGUAAUACAUGUUUACAUUACACAAUUGUUAGUUUUAAAAAUAGUAACUUUAGGAGGCAAUUUAAUUCAGAUAUGGAGUUAUCCCAUAGAAAAGGUAUUAUUUGAGCCUCGUUGUGGCAAAACUGGACUUAAUGCAUUGCAAGCUGGGAUAUGUGUCGUCUGCUAAAUUGGUGUCUGCUGAAUUUCUAAAAUCAUCAUUUUCUUCACUUUUUUUCAGAGACCAUAAUCAGAAUAGCAAACAGUUUUGAUCCUGAUCACACGCCAAGUUUUCUGGUGUCUGAUCUUGAUCCAAACUGUUUGCAAAGGCCUUUAAAGUUCAGUUCCAGUGCUAAAAGGGUUAAGGCAUGUGUGUACAGUGUUCUCUGAGAUUCAGGGAUGAUACUUUUCGCUUUUGUGGAAGUUUUAAGGAAGUCUCUUUGAAACGAAAAUGUAGUUAAUGUGGUGAGUGUCGUUCUCGAUUAGCCUGUGCAAACUUAUGACACAUGUUUGACACUAUGAUUAAGAGAUGAAAAGCAAAGACCAUAACAGUUAAAAUUAUCGUCAGUAAUUAGCCAUUAUGAUUUUGCAAACCUCAAGUUACCGGAACGCAGGGCAUUCCGACUCAUGUGAAUAAAUAGUUAAAUGCAAAAGGAC